AUGGCGACCACAAAACCGAUCAAAAGGGCGGAGACCCUGCUGUCUCGUAGAGAGGUAGAGGGAUUGAUUGCAGAGGGGAAAACGAUUAUCAUCUUGGACCAGAAGGUGUUGAAGGUAGAUGCAUGGUUGAAAUAUCACCCGGGCGGAGAUAAGGCUAUACGCCAUAUGGUUGGAAGAGAUGCCACGAUUGAAGUGAAGGCUUUUCACUCAGUGGAAACCCGACAGCAAAUGGAGAGAUAUCGAAUCGGUCGUGUGGAAGGGCGAUGGAGAAACUUCGUGCCGCCAAUUCAAGGGGGGAAGUUUAGACUUUAUAUCGAAGGGGAGUCGGAGGAAGAGCUGAUGGAAGACAUGGAGGAUGCAUCUGCCUCCAACCCUGAGAGCUCGAGAGAACCGUCGCCUGUUUUCGAUGAUGAGCCUCCAUUAGCUCGCCAGCGGCGUGGAACUCGACAAAACCAGGAGAUGUCGUCCUCUUCUUCCGUUUCAUCUACCACAGAUCCUGAAGAUGGCAUGUCAUACUUGGAUGCGUUGACGAGGGAACGGAUCGACUUAGACCACGCCAAAUACCCUUCCCUAGAUCUAGCCACACAAGACGAGAUUGUUCGAAAAUAUAAGCUUCUCGAUCAACGCCUCAGAGCAGAGAAAUUGUACGAUUGCAACUAUUCCGCCUACGCCAUUGAAAGUCUCAGAUAUUCAUUUCUCGCCGCCAUGGUCGUAUUGUGUUUGAAAACAGGAUGGUACGCCACGAGUGGACUGUUUCUCGGUUGUCUCUGGCACCAGUUGGUUUUCACGGUACACGAUGCUGGGCACAUGGGAAUCACUCACAACUUCACCGUGGAUACGACCAUAGGAAUUCUUAUUGCCGAUUUCAUAGGAGGUCUUUCCGUUUGCUGGUGGAAACAUAAUCAUAACGUCCAUCACAUCGUCACGAACUCUCCUGAGCACGACCCAGACAUCGAACAUAUGCCCAUCUUUGCCGUCUCGCAUCGAUUCUUCGACUCCUUAACCUCAACAUUUUAUCAAAAAGUCAUGUCAUAUGAUGCGUUUGCCAAAUUCUUAUUACCAUAUCAGGCAUAUCUUUACUAUCCUAUCCUGGCUUUCGGGAGAUUCAACCUAUAUAGACUAUCCUGGGAAUAUCUGUUCCUAGGGAUAGGCCCAAAAAGGGGACCUGCCUGGUGGCACCGAUGGUUGGAAAUUGCCGGCCAAGUCUUCUUCUGGUACUGGUAUGGGUACGUUAUCUUGUAUCAAACCAUCCCUACAGCUUCUGCUCGGUGGGCCUUUGUCAUGAUCAGCCAUGUCAUUACCAUGCCGCUACAUGCGCAAAUCACGUUAUCGCAUUUCUCAAUGAGUACCGCGGAGCUAGGGCCUCACGAGUCCUUCCCUCAAAAGAUGUUAAGAACAACGAUGGAUAUUGAUUGCCCCCAGUGGCUUGAUUUCUUCCACGGUGGUCUGCAGUUCCAAGCAAUUCAUCACCUGUUUCCAAGAAUGCCAAGGCACAAUCUUCGACGGACACAGAAGCUGGUACAAGAGUUUUGUGUCGAUGUGGGAAUCCCUUAUGCACUUUACGGCUUCGUGGAUGGGAGCAAAUCGGUUAUCAAUAGGCUCGACGAGGUUGGAAGACAAGCAGCUAUCCUUGCCAAGUGCCAAAGAACUAUUGCGGAGAAGGGGGAUAUCCUCCAUGGGCAUUAG